UCCUCUUAAAGGGGACGCGUCGCUGUCUGCCGCUGCAGGAGAGCUCCGAUGGGAAGAACAUUUUGGAGAAAUGGUUCUCAAACUUCAGAGCCUGGACGAACCGGCGGGACACCGGGCCGGCAGCUCGGUCACAGACUGUACCGUUGAAGGCUGCAGUGUCAACUAAGCACGAUGCAGUCCUUGUCCAUGGAAGUGGGAAGCAGCAGCAGCUCAGCUCCCAGCGACACAUCUGGCUCGGUGGUGCAGGUGUGCUUUCCCGGCGCUCAGGCCUCGGUGCUCGAGAGUCUGAACCGACAGAGAGAAGAAGGCCGGCUCUGUGACCUCUCCAUCCACGUCCAGGGACAAGUGUUCAAAGCCCACCGCUGCGUCCUGGCCGCCUCCUCACCCUAUUUCCACGACCAGGUACUGCUGAAGAACAUGUCUACUGUCUCCAUCCCUGCUGUAAUGGACCCGUUGGCGUUUGAGAGCGUGCUGAGCUGCGCCUACACCGGUCAGCUCAGGAUGCUGCGAGAGGACAUAGUCAACUACCUCACGGUGGGCAGCGUGCUGCAGAUGUGGCACAUCGUGGACAAAUGCACCGAGCUGCUGAAGGAGGGCCGUGCGGUAGCAGGGAGCGGUGGAGGAGGUGGCGGCGGCGUGCAGGACGGAGCAGGCAUCAGAGGAGGUGAAGGGUCAGCUAACCCCGGGUGUAGCAGCAGCAGCAAUGGGGACACUGACGCAGGUGGAGGUAACAGAGCUGUAAGAAACGGUGGGGUUGGUGCUGGACAAGCCCAAGUGGUCGGGUCCAUCGAGGCCCAGCGUGCCUCCCAGCCUCCCAGCCGGCCAUCAGUGAGCGAGAGCCAGUCUCCCAGCAGCACCAACUACUUCAGCCCCAGGGACGGGAGCGGUGCAGCCGCAGCAGGAGCUUCAGUGGACGGAGGCGGGGCUAGCAACACCCCGAGCUACUGCACCCCUUCUGGAGGAGAGGAAGGAUUCCUUAUUGAGGAAGAGGAGGAGGAAGUAGAGGAGGAAGAGGAGGAGGUGUUGUACCACCAAAGGAAGCGGGGAAGAGGAGGGGGGAGUGGCAGGAGGAAGAAAAUGAGCUCAUUGUCGGAGCAGGAAGUCGGGGUCAGCGACAGCUUUGGUGUGUCGUCCUAUCAGGAUGGGGAGGAAACAGCGAUGCCACCUCAGAAGCGUCCUACAUACAGCCAGCCCAGCAUCAUGCCUCGUAAACAGUGGGUGGUCGUGAAAACCGAGCGAUUGGAGGACGACGACCUCAUCGUAGUGUCUGGAGAAGAAGGAGGAGAAGAUGAGGAGGACGAGGAUGAGAGGGAGAUGGAGCUGGCCAGACAGAGGGAGAGAAGUGACUUCAACAUCUCCAACGUAAGGAGUCUUUCAGCCGAGCUGGGGGGGCGAGCUGAGAGUGACAUGGACUCACAGGUGGACUACUGUCAGUCUUCAGAGGACUACCUCAAGUUUGAAGGCAGUUUGAUGGACCAGACUUUGGCUCAGCACCUUCAUGACAGUGCAGCCGGUCAGAGCCAGAACGCCAACCGUGCUGUGUCAGCGCUGCUGGGCCAGGUCCAGUCUGCAGCCUCAACCCGGACUCAGCUCUUCCCCCUUGACAUGCAGGGGAACCAGAUCCUCCUCUACAGCCAGGCCUCCGGUCUCUCUCUGGACUCUUCGGCCCCGCCCCUGGGUCUGACUGGUGGUAUGAUGGGAGGAGCCUCUUUUAAAGGACCCGGUCUGGAGCACGGUGCGGUGCACCUGUCUGUGCAGGGCGCUUUGGGAGUUGACGGCUUGGACAGUGGGGGGAUCGGGAGUGGGGGCGGUGCCAACAGCACUGGGGGUUCAGGGAAAGUAUUUAUGUGCCACUGUGGGAAGACGUUCACUCACAAGAGCAUGCGGGACCGCCACAUCAACAUGCACCUGGACCUGCGACCCUUCCACUGCCCAGUCUGUUCCAAGAAGUUCAAGAUGAAGCAUCACCUGACGGAGCACAUGAAGACGCACACGGGCCUCAAGCCGUACGACUGCCUCAGCUGUGGCAAGAAGUUCAUGUGGCGAGACAGCUUCAUGAGGCACCGCUCACACUGCGAGAGGCGCGGCGGGCUGGGAGAGAGCGGCGAAGGAGGGAGCAGCAGUGAGGGAGGGAGAAGAGGAAGUGAAGACGGGCAAGAUUUGAUGUCACCUCCUCAACUCCUCCUGUCUGCAGGCGAAGGAGGACAUGGAGGAAUUCUGGGAGGAAGAGGAGGCGUGUCUGUUACUUCCCCACAUCUCUCGGGCUCUGUUCUGUCGCCGCAGCACGCCGGUGUCUCAGCCGCAGGAAGCAUCAGCAACAACAGCGUGAGCAACAGCAGCAGUGCUGCUCUGAGCAACAACAUGGCCGCCACAGGGGCGCUUCUAGGGGUCGUUUCAAGUCCAGGUCAGGGAUCAGGGAUGUUUGGUGGACUGGGGCUGGGACGAAGUGUGUGUGAUGAAGAUGUGUGUGAGGUUAGUGCCAAUGAUAGUAGUGUGACUUAAACCAAAAGUGUGUGUUUUGUCCACCAGGGGGCUGUCAUGUUCCUGCUUCCUGCGGCUGAUUUUACAACGUUGUAAACUUGGAGCAAGUGAAGCACUUUUACCCGCCAACACUCACAACAAGCAGUGAUAAUCUUUGUGAAGGAAGACAACGCUUCUGUUGGACAAAAACUGAAGAACCUGUACGUGUUUAUAAAUCAACGCCAUUCUAAGAUUCCACUGUUGACCAUUGUGCCGUGAAGUAAGUGAAAUAGUGGUCGUUCUGAUGGCGUCUCUAACUAUCCUCCAAUCGUCACACCACAAAGACUUUUAGGGAACCUGCCUCCAAAAAGUGGCCUCAGUAAAAUGGACCUUCACUCUCAGUGAGAGGGAUUUAGUUUUCAGUAUCAGAAACGUUGUUAAAGGUUGUUUUUUUGUUUGUUCUGUGUCAGAGUGUUGUUUAUGUUGAGAGGAGACCAAAAAGUGAACAGACUCUUACCUUCUUCUGUGGCAACAUUAUAGUAUCAGUAGAGUAGAUACAAGGCUGUUCUAUCGUAUCGUAUUGUACUUUAUAAAUAUAAUAAGUUAACACAAAUCUGCACAUACCCAUGGUUCAGUGUUUGAAGAGAAGAAGCAAACGUUGCAGGUUUGUGUUUCUGAAUCGACAGUGGUGUGUCUUCUCCUGCCGUGUGGAUUUGGAAGUUACUUCAUCGCUCCUUUGCUUAAAGGUUAUCCAGUUGAACAGUUAAAUCAUUAUUUAUCUUCUUAACAAGAGGACAAAGAAAGAUCCACACAUGUGUACAGAGAGGAGUUUUCACCAGACCUAUCUGGUCUUUUGGCUUGAACUCCAGACUCACUCCGAUGACUUUGUUUGUUUUUUUAAAGAAACAAAAGUCAGAAGUGAAGUUUUAAAUCUGUUGUCCGAUACGGUCCAUCCUUUCUAAACAUAAACAUGUUUAACUCUUGAAAAGCAGGAGGCGACUCGUCUUCUCAGCCUCUGUGUUCGGCCUUCACUGUCUCGUUGUUCACAGAGUUUACUUGUAGUGAGCAGAAGUUUAUUAUUACUGUAAAUAUAAAGAGUAUAUACGUCGUAUGAACACAUACUAACCUGUCAUUCUGAAGCGCUCGGGUCCAUCUGAUCCGCUCAAUCAGCUGUAGAGAAAGUGUUCUGCACAGGGUUUCCUUGUUAUUGAAACCUCCUGAUGGUAGAUGUUGUCCUAUCUAAGCUAUACAGUGUAUAGUGUGUUUACAAGCAUACCUCACCUGAAACAAGUUAGGGACCUCAUUUUAAAGAAAUCCUCGCUUUUCAGAAGCUGGCACACACACAAAGAAGUCUUUUCUUUUUUUCAUACAGUAACAUUUUAUUAUUGAAAAAAGCCUACAUUGUGUUAGUUUUUUCUGCAACAAUUUUCAACAGUUACAGACCCUGACCUCUCAGAUAUUUGUGGACGUUUUAAUUUCAACGCUUUAUCUUAUUUUGAAGUAGUCUUCCUGUUUGGUUUCUUGGUGUGAAUGUAGUUGUAGUCCAGGUCACUUGUUAUGCAGAAGGCACCAGUUUGAAAGAUAAGCUUAAGAGUCCUUAAAUGUAAGUUUCCUAAGAAGUAAACUUUGAUAAAGAUGUUAGGAGGCACACAAAAAUCUGCUGUUCGUCUGAAUUAACAAGGUCGACGCCUCAGCUGCACAUUUGGGAUCCAGUAAUUCAGCGAUGCAUGUCUCUGCGUGUCUCGAGUCACCAGCCUGAAUGGAUUUCAGAUGCAUCAUCUUAUAUCCAUGGAGCAUGUCGGAUCAGCUGAGGUGAUCCUGCAGAAACUCUGCAACGUCCAGCAAGCGGAGCAGAGCUUGUUUUGAGUCUCAACAACAGCAAAGAUCUGAUGUGUCUGCACAAAGUCAAUAAACUGAUAACAACAACAUCUACGUUACUGAAAAGUAACUCCCAAAGUGUCAAACCAAAAUAAAACUGGAUGUUAAUGAAACACUCGAGUGGUCAAAAUGAGAGCUUCUGUCGGAUCUUAAGGAUACUGGUGUCUCGUUACUUCAACUUUUCCUUAUUCCAGAGAUAAUCACCUCGUUAAUUCAGACAAACGGAGCAGAUUUUUAUUCGCUUAUGUGAACGCAAAACGCUUCCUGUUAAGUAGAGCUAAGGCCGUGUUUGGAUUUCAGCUUUUGGAACAAAGUAAAUAAAACCUGUCCUACUGAUGGUCAGGAUAUUUCCUUUGAUUGUUUAACAUGAUUAACUACUGGGGUAGUUAAUGUUCAAAACUGUCCCUUCAUGACAUCACAAAGGGCAGUAGCCCCUCCCCCAGGUGGGUGACACUCCCACAGCUAGGUGUUUGUUCUGCCCUCUGAGUCUGCCUUCUCACAGUAAACAAUAGGACAUGGAGCGAGAAAGACAGAGACACCCAAGCACCUUCCAGAGAGGGGGCGUGGUCAGACACAGCUCAUUUACAUAUUUAAAGGUACAGACACAGAAACAGCCUGUUCUGAGCAGGGCUGAAAUAGAGGGGUUUAUAGACAUGAUCAAAUACAGGAUCAGAGUGGAUUUAGAACAAGAAACUUCACACACAUGUUUUGAGGAGCUCUGAGACUAGUUGAAAAGGAGGAGAAUAUGUCACCUUUAAAGGACAAUUCCCAAACGGCAAUCUGAUAUUCUUGUUCUCAUUAGAGCCUGUGAGUCUUUUGUUCUUUUAAAACUCCUGUGAGGAGUUUUUAAACUGGCCUUAAUUUGUUGAGUUUUUGUUCUGCCUGUAACUGCUGCACGGUUUCAGACUGGAAGAUUUACAGCACGCUGAGGAAAGAGGCUUUUUGUUUUUACAGUACCCCCCGCACUUAUUCACUUAUUACUGUGAGUGAUAAAUCGAACUAACCAGACAUAAUCCAAACAGGGUGCCAGUUCCUCACAGGAGCUUUAAGUAAUAAUAAUCAUGGAAACCUCAGCUGAGUGUAAUAUGUUUUAAAACGGCUGACUCGUAGAUUAUAUUAGUUUCUUUUGGGUUCCUUCUUCAUUGCUCACUCAGGACGAAACAGAAAAAGAACUUAAACUUAGCAGAUUGAAACACACAUCAGGUUGUUUACUUUUUAUCUCGUACAUUUAAUCCUCAAAGUUUAUUUUUCUCUGGUCUUGUGUCGUCUCUCCUGGACCUCUGCUGAGGUUAACAGACUUUUAGCUCUGUGCUGUAGAUAUAUAUUUACUUGUUACUUCAGAGUAAUGUGAGAGCUGUGUGAUGCAUUCAGGGACCAAACUGAACAGGUACUUAAAGGACACACAGACAGGGAGGGGUGUGGUACUUCAGAUUGUGCACGUUAUUCAAAUGUUCUUCCUUGUGUUAGUCAUUUCAAAUGUUGGGUUUGUUUGUAAAGAGGUUGUUUAUUUGUCGUCUUGCUAACUUUCUUCAAAGUGGGACAUUAUCAUGUGUUUAUGUGCCUUAUCAGCAUUUUCAUUUACUUCUUUAACACAAAUUAAUUCUGUUACUAAGCAUUUGAUCUCACAGUGUGAUUUAUGUUAAAUACUUUAAAUGAACACAAAUACAAACAAAGUGUAUUGUAAAGAAUUAGUAUUUUGUUUCAGCACAGUCAUACAUAUUAGUGCAGAAGAUGUACUGUAACCAUAGCAACAGAGCUGAUGCUAACUACAUCGACAGGUAACUCUAACCGUGAACAGACCACAUGUGUUUGAGGUUUAAUUGAUUAUUUGACGGGAUUAAAAACCCAAACUAUAACUUCCUGCAGUGCACAUUUGCACGAGUAGUUGCUAAUGUGCAUCUCGGUUUCCUAAACAAGUCUGAUGUAACUAAACCUUCAAAUCUAUAAAUAAAGUUUAGUUUUAUCAGGAGUUAAAAUGCCCUAAACCAGGAGAUGUCUGUUAAGAUGUUUAAAUAAGAAGAUGAAGUUAACGACUUAGACAUGACGGAGAACAAGAAGUUCCAAAAAGGUAAAAAUGUUAUCUUGAGCCAGAAGAUGAGGACUUGUUCCCACAGGAUAUUUAUAUUGUGUGAACCACAUAAAACAUUUAACUCUUUAGGACUUCAGGAGCUCUGCAGACUCGAAACCAAAGAGAGUUUUUUUGUUUGUUUGUUUUAGACCCAAUCAGUCAGGUUCUGUGAAAGCCUUUUUGUCUUCUUUGAAGAAACCGAUCAUCAGAAUUGGUUCCUUAAAGGCAGAGUUGGUCAUUUUCUCCUGAUACGCUUUUCAAGACUUUGGUGUAAAUUGUCUUUAGGUCCUGACAGACAUUAAUAACUCAGGUUCUCUGAAAAAGGAACAAAGAAAAUCCAUCAUCUGUAUCAGUUUGUAAAUCUGUAAAAACUUCCACCAAUGUCUGCCACGAGGUACCAAUCUGAUGAACCAAUCAGACGCCUCCCUGUCUCCCUGCUCGCUCUCUACCUCUUAGCGUGCUCUAGCUCACACUCAGAGCUCGUCACCGAUGACUUUAGGAGUUUAUACUGUGAGUUUACUGAAUGAGACAUGAGACGACGUAGUUUCUACACAAUGACAGAGAUGAGCUGAGGUCCACUUCUGGAGCGACGGCGCUCGUGCAUGUAAGUGAGGGGGCGUGGCUUUAGAGGGCGCACAGAGGGGAGGGGGGCGGGUGUAGACGGAGCAGUGAGGGAAUGCGACUUUCAAAAUCACGCUAGUUUUCGAAAAUGACCAACCCUGCCUUUAAAAAGAUCGCUCAACACUCCUGUUACGUGUGUGAGGAGAAUGUAAAGAUGAAAGAAUCGGAGCUGAACGCUGCUGCUGUAAACGACAUUCAUGUAUUUUGUUGUUAAAUUUGUACAUUCCUGAAACGUUUCACGACUUCUUUCAUGACCUCUGAUGACCAGUUGAUUGUUGAACAGGAAGGGACAGUUGUGAAAACACAGUUAAUGUAAAUCCUGUGUGCUUAUUAAAUGUAACAAACUACAGUACAUCGAUGUUCACCUCGACCCGGUAUCAAAAUAACAGAUUAAUAAAUUAUUUGGUGAGAAAAAUC